UUUGUCAGGUACUGUAACCACCGUCUUAGAAGACUUGUAUAAAUGUCAAAAUCGGUGAGCGUUAUCUAUGAAAAUAACCUCACUUAAAAUAUGAAUUAAACUUAUCAAUUGUGAUAUGUUCUGAUUAAUAAAAGUGAUUAAUUAUACAACAAGGCUGUUUCAUAAUACUGUUUAAAGCGUAAUAAUAAGAAGACAAAUAUUUUUGUAAGAUAAAAUGAAUCUAACAUCACGUUUUGAUUACAUUACAUUUGCUAGUUACGGAUCAGAAUUCAGAAUCAAAUGGGUGAAAAUUAUAAUAUAAGUAAAAUACAAUUUAAAAAUGUAUAUUCGACAUUAUCAAUCGAUUUAAUAAAAAGAGAAUUCUGUAGAUUACAAGGACAGUGUUAUUUAGAUCAUGCAGGUACAACACUUUAUUCUGAAGUACAACUCUCAAAAAUCUUUGAAGACCUUCAAAAAAAUUUUUAUGGCAAUCCACAUGCCAAUAACACCUCUAGUAACUUAACAGAAGAUGUGAUUGAUCAAACUAGAAAUGAAAUUUUACAACAUUUUAACACUAAUAUUGAAGAAUAUUCAGUGGUAUUUACAUCAGGGGCUACUGCAGCAUUGAAGUUAGUAGGGGAAUCGUUCUUUUAUAGCAGAGAAGGAGAACAAGAUGGAAUAUUUGGGUAUUUAGAUGAUAAUCAUACAUCAGUUCUUGGCAUGAGAGAGUAUGCCAAUGAAGUAAGAUGUAUUUCCAGUAGUGAAGCAUUUGAUUUGUUCAAUUCAGAAUGCAAAAGUUCCCAAUAUGAGAAAAAUUGUCAUUCCUUAUUUGUUUACCCUGCACAAAGUAAUUAUUCUGGAUACAAAUAUCCAUUAUCAUGGGUCUCAAUCAUACAGAAAGGCAUUUUAAAUAAUCAUGUAUCUCCAAAUAAAAAACACAAAUGGUUUUGUAUGUUAGAUGCUGCUGCUUUUAUUCCCAGCAAUCAUUUAAAUCUUUCCUUAUAUAAGCCAGAUUUUGUGUGCUUAUCUUUUCAUAAAAUUUUUGGAUACCCUACUGGACUUGGGGCUCUUUUAAUUAAAAAUUCAAGUGUUGAUGUCCUACAGAAGAGAUAUUUCGGGGGAGGUUCAGUUUCAAUGGUUUUAACCAGAGAUAAAGUUCAUGUCUCUCAAAACAUUAUAAGUGGAAGAUUCGAAGAUGGAACACUGCCUUUUCUAUCAAUUAUUGCAGUGCGACAUGGUUUCAGCACCUUAAAACGAUUACAACUUUCUACAAACCUUAUAUCACAUCAUACAUUUAAUCUUGCUAAAUAUGUAUACCAGUCCUUGCUCUAUUUACGUCACUCUAAUGGAGAACCAGUUGCUGUUCUUUAUCACGAUUCCCAAUUUGAAAAUUCAAAUGUUCAAGGAGGAAUAGUAAACUUCAAUUUAUUAAAAUAUACAGGGGAAUAUGUGGGAUAUGCAGAAGUAAAACAUGUUGCAAAUUUGUUUGGUAUUCAUUUAAGAACCGGAUGCUCCUGUAAUCCUGGUGCUUGUCAAAGGCACCUUCAACUCACCCCAGAAGAAGUGAGGAGACAUUUUGACUUAGGACAUGUUUGUGGAGACGAAAACGACCUGGUUAAUGGGUAUCCCACAGGUUCAAUUCGAAUUUCUUUUGGAUACAUGUCAACGAAAGAAGACGCAGAUGUUUUUUUGAAAAUGAUUGUGGAUUGUUUUGUUCAUAAACCAGUCAUUAAUAGAUCACCGAACAAUUUAACAAAACAAGAAAAAUAUGACUUUGCACGUGUAGUUAAAAAUCAAGAAAACAGCUUAAAUAAUCGAACUGUAGUUUCAUGUAACGAAAAAAGCUUAGAUAUAUUUAAUCGCUAUUCCGUUACCAGUAAUGAUUCGUAUACUGAUAAUGACAAUGUUACAAAGGGAAUCCUAGAGCAGGUGUUUAUAUACCCAAUAAAGUCUUGUGGUUUUUAUAAAAUCGAAGAAAAAUGGGAAUUGAUCUCUACAGGAUUAAAAUAUGAUCGCGAGUGGAUGAUUAUUAAUGCAUCGGGGGUUGGUAUAACACAGAAACGCGAACCACGUUUGUGCCUUUUAAAACCAAAACUUAACAUUCAAGAAGGUACAAUGGACUUAGAGUUUCAAGGAAAGGUUUUCAGGUCUUUGCCACUAAAUGUGCCUCAUUUUGCAAGGAGGAGUGCCUCAAAAUGCCUUAGUAAAGUAUGCGGAGACAAAAUUGAAGGAUGGGACUGUGGAAAUGAAAUCGCUAAUUGGCUUGAUGAAAUAUUUGAAAAGAAUGGUUUGAGAUUAAUAAAACAGUGUACCGAAGACGAGCAUUCUACUGCUAGAACUUCAAAAGAUUCAUCUAAAUCAGCAAUUUCAUUAAGCAAUCAAGCUCAAUUUCUUUUAAUUAAUACCGAAAGUAUUAAUUAUCUUUUAGAUAAAUUAUCUCAAGAAAACUUCAUGGAGUCUCCUCACGAUUUUAUGACUCGCUUUCGUCCCAAUUUUGUCGUUAAUUUAAAUGAACCAUUUCUAGAAAUUAAAUUAAGGGAACUCCAUAUUGGGAAUUUAAAAUUUAAUUUUGUUGGUCGAUGUAACAGGUGUCAUAUGAUUUGUGUUAAUCAGUUUACAAGUAAAAAAUCACACGAACCAUUACAAGCCUUAUCAGAAAACCUCGAUGGAAAAUUACAAUUUGGUAUAUAUCUGUCCCAAAAUGAAGNUAUUAAUAGAUAG